UAAGAUUUACAGAUUGAAGCUUUGGGAUCGCCGAGAACGCCUUGCAUCCUCCCUCCUACCAAAAAGGCGGCUCCGAAAUUUCCUUCCUGCUCUGCUCAGACUGCUCGUUUAGAUCAUUGAGUCCUCUCCUCCCUCUCUCUGAGCAAAUCGGCUGACUGAAUUUCCCUCCGAAGCUCAGGGGAGAACUCUCCCUCUCUCCCUCUCAUGAGGUUCACGGACUCGCCGGUCGUGGAGAUUAGGGUGCGUGGCCACCUGCUGACCUUCGAGCAGGACAACGGCUCCAUGCACGUGGGCACCUCUGUCUGGCCGUGUUCCCUCGUCCUCGUCAAGUUCCUCGACCGCUGGCUCUCUGCCGAAGGCUCCACCGCCGCCACCACCACCACCACCGUUACCAACCCUUAUGCUCCCCUCUUUGACUUUCGCAACAAGCGCGGCGUGGAGCUUGGUGCUGGCUGCGGCGUCGCCGGUAUGGGCCUCUCCCUCCUCGGCCUUGACGUCGUCCUCACGGACAUCGCCCCGGUAAUGCCGGCACUUAAGCGCAACCUUAAGCGGAAUCUCCCUUCCUCCUCCGCCUCAUCUCGCCCAACGGCCGGCAAGCUCAAGAUCGCUCAACUGUACUGGAACAACAGGGCUCAGAUCCAAGCGCUGAAGCCCCCAUUCGACUUCGUUAUCGCCACGGACGUCGUCUACCUCGAGGAGACGGUGGAGCCCCUCCUUUCCGCCAUGGACGCUUUAGCGGGCCCUGCCACCCUCAUCCUUCUAGGAUACCAGCUGCGCUCGCCGGAAGCCCAUCAAAAGUUCUGGGAGCUCUGCCCCACCUUGUUCUCCGUGGACAAGGUCCCUCACGAACAUCUGCACCCUGAUUAUGCCUACGAAGAAACCGAUGUCUACAUUCUCAGGAAGAGGGCGUGACUGUCCGAGUGUGGGAUUGGUCACCAUAGAGCUGGAUUUCAUUUUCUGAGCAAACUUUCUCGUAGCAAUUUGGUACUUCGUCAAUAGCGGCAUCAUGAUGAAUCGACUCUUGUGGCAAACAAUACCAAGAAACAGGCCUAAACUGGAGUUUGGCUGCUAUAAAAAAAGUUGGGGAAAUAUACAUCAAGUUGCUGUCGGUGUUUGCACAUAGACAGCUCUUGUGCCUUGGCAUUUAGGUAUAUCUUUACCAGCUAGGUUUUCAUUCUUGUUGCAGAUAAGAAACUAUUGUCAUAGGGAUGCUUCAUUUGUACCCCCGUUCCAUAUGUUCUUCUAUGAAAAUUGUAUUAGAGCCUUGAUGAAAGAAAUGAUAUGUCGUGGUACCCUUGUAAAGUAUGAAAGGGAAUAAAAUCCUCAUUACGUUUCCUAGAAAGUUUUUGGAAGAUCGGGGGUACAAGUUAACCUUUGACUGAGGACCUGAUUUCAUUUGCAUUUGCACAUGUAUCUUCGUUUGUUGUUUAGAACGAAAUCUCCAGAAAGAUGGAGUUCCAGUUCGUGGACCAUAAAUUGCCUCAAGCUUCAUGUAGUUGCAAAAGUUCAACUUUGGAACA